AUGUCAGAGCCUAAGACCUGCAGCUCAGCCGUCUCGGUCACGAUCGGCAGCACCACGGCAGACGUGACCCCAAGCGCCACCAUGGCCUCCGGCAUUGUCAGCAGCGAGGCCUGUAGCAGCGUGAACUCUGGGUACACGGGCAACUUUGAGCUCUACUGCAACCAGGGCACUCUCAGCUAUGAUGUCUCGACCUGCAGCCCUGGAUGCGCCGACACCGACAGUAUCACGCUGACAGUGGCAGGCAGCACGCAGUCUUGGAGCCCCUCUGCCGCUAUGGGCUCGGGUGAGACCUCAACGACGGACUGCGAGCCGAUCAACGCGGGCUACGCUGGCACUAUCGAGAUCAGCUGCUUCUUCGGAGUGCUUUCCGCCAACCCGGCAGGAUGCAGUGCGAAGGGCUGCAGCGUGGGCGACACGGUGAGCGUCACCUUGGAUGGCGUCACCGCCUCGUUGACCCUGGGCAGGGCGAUCAGUUCGGGGCUCACGGGCACUGCGUCCUGCACGGAUGUGAACUCGGCCUGGGGAGCAGACCUCACGCUUCGAUGCAACCUGGGCACGCUGAGCGCAGAUGUCGCCGGCUGCAGGAAGGCCUGCGCCAGCAGCGACAGCUUGGACGUGACGCUGGGAAGCAGCACGCAGACGGUCAACCCCAGUGCCACCAUCGCCAGUGGGGCUGCGGAGUACAACCGCGACUGCUCGGAGCUCAACUCGGGCUACGAAGGGGCCUACACGCUGUCCUGCACAACGGGGGCCUUGAGCGCGGACGUCACCUUCUGCUCGGAGAAGGGCUGCCUCGCCACGGACACGGUGGCAGUCACGGUGGGCGAUGCCACGACCAACGUCCAAGCGGGUGAAGCCUUGGUCCAUGGUGGUUCCAUCCAGCAGCUUUGCGAGGACGUGAAUCCUGUGCAGAUGCCCCAGGAUUCAACUCAGCGGGCCUGCAAGACAGGGCCCCAGAAGGAGUGA